UUAGUAACAAAAGAAAGGUAUAAAAGUAAAGAAUUUUCCAAAAAUGAGCCAUUGAAUUCAAUUCAGUUAACAUGAAGUACUUCUUGUUGAUUUCUCUGUUUGCUGUGGCAGCUACUGCCUCCGUUAUCCCUGAAGAGGAACGUAUUAAUGGGGAAAACGGUUGGUAUGUGCCCCGUCUUGAUGACUCCUUUGUAUGGGUGGAUAUGGAUGAAGCUGAAGCCUAUCUCGAAAAUAUGCAAGUAAUGGAAGGCCGUUUAUCCACAAAUCCCGUUACCUUCUACUUGUACACCAAGUCCAAUCCCACAGAAGGACAAGAAAUUACUGCCUCCAAAAAAACCAUUGGUGUCUCCAACUUCAAUGCCAAAAACCCCACUCGUAUUGCCAUUCACGGCUGGUCCUCGGGCAAGGAUGAAUUCAUUAACUCUGGUGUGCGUGAGGCUUGGUUGUCCCAAGGCGAAUACAAUUUCAUUUUUGUAGACUGGGGCCGUGCCCGUUCUGUGGAUUAUGCUUCCUCGGUUUUGGCUGUUCCCGGUGUGGGUGUUAAGGUAGCCGCUUUGGUUGACUUCUUGGUCAAGAAUUACGGUUUGAAAUUGGACACUUUGGAAAUUAUUGGUCACAGUUUGGGUGCUCAUGUUGCCGGCUACACUGGCAAGAACAUUAAAUCGGGUAAGGCUCACACCAUUGUCGGUUUGGACCCUGCCCUUCCCCUGUUCAACUAUGACAAACCCGACAAACGCUUGUCCAGCACUGAUGCCAACUACGUUGAAUCUAUCCAAACCAAUGGUGGUAAAUUGGGUUUCCUGAAACCCAUUGGCAAGGGCGCUUUCUAUCCUAAUGGUGGCAAAUCUCAACCCGGUUGCGGUGCUGAUCUUACUGGCUCCUGCUCUCACAGCCGUUCCAUUAUCUACUAUGCCGAAGCUGUUGAAAAGGACGACUUCUCCACCAUCAAGUGCACCAACUACGAAGCUGCCGUUUCCAAGAAAUGUGGCUCCACUUACAGCUCCAUUCGCAUGGGUGCCGUCAUCAAUGCCUACAUGGUGGCUGGUGAUUUCUAUGUACCUGUCAACAAAGAUGCUCCCUAUGGCAAGUUAGCUUAAGUUGUUUUGUUGUUUUAAACAUACUACCAAUAAAUAUGAUAU